AAAACUUUGCCUCCGCCUUUCCUCCGUUUUUUUCCGUGUUUUCCUUUAGUAAACCGUUUCUCGACGCACCCCGCCGCUAUGUCCAGCUUCGACACGAACCCAUUUAGCGCCAGUGCAGCAGAGAAUCCGUUUGAGGAUCCUUCAGUGACGCAGGUGAUGAACUCCACUGUGACGUCAGUCGAACAGUUCUACCCAAAUGAAACCACAGGAUCCACAUCUCCUGCAGUUCUACAGCCCUCCACAGAGCCAGCCCCAAGGGAGGUGGCAGCAGCGGCUCAGGCAGAUCUUCUCAGGCGACAAGAGGAACUCGAGAGGAAGGCUGCAGAGCUAGAGAGAAGAGAAGAAGAGAUCAACAACAGGAACAGAACCCAGCCAGGAGUUAAGGAGAACAACUGGCCUCCUCUCCCAGGCUUCUGCCCCAUCAGACCCUGUUUCUACCAAGACUUUUCAGAAGAGAUUCCCCCGGAGCACCAGAGAGUGUGCAAGAUGAUGUACUACCUGUGCAUGUUGAACUCUUUGACGCUCUUCCUGAACGUGUUGGCGUUUCUAGCGCUCUUCAUCACAAUAUCCUCUUAUGGUCAGGACUUUGGUUUGGCUCUGGUUUGGCUCCUGCUGUUUACACCGUGCUCCUUCCUCUGCUGGUACCGGCCUGUGUACAAGGCCUUUAGGACAGACAGUUCCUUCAGCUUCUUCUUCUUCUUUUUUGUUUUCUUCGCUCAAGUUGUCAUCUUCAUCAUCCAGGCUGUGGGCAUCCAGGGCUGGGGUAACAGUGGCUGGCUCAUAACAUUCUCAGUGAUUACAAGCAACAAAGUGGUGGGCGGGAUCAUGGUGAUGGUGGCUGUUUUGUUCACGCUGUGCGCCGUUCUGUCCGUCAUCCUGCUCAAAAUGGUCCAUGGCUCAUACCGUCACACUGGGGCGAGUUUCCAAAAGGCUCAGCAGGAGUUUUCUCAAGGCGUCUUCAGCAAUAAGAACUUUCAGAAUGCAGCUGCUUCUGCGGCGUCUGCGGCGGCUCAGAGCUCUCUACAUCAGGGCAACUGAUCUUCUGCAUCACAUGAUCAUCCUCUGCUGCAUCUGACCCUUCUACAGCAGCUCAGAGCACUCUGCAGGACAUCUAACCCUCCUCUGUAUCAUAUGAUCAUCCUAGCGCUCUCUGCAUAAGGACAUUUACUCCUCCUCUGCAUCAUAUGACCAUCCUCUGAUCAUCCUGCGCAUCAAGACAACUGAUUUUCUGCAUUCUCUGAUUAUCCUCUGCCCCAUCUGACUCUUCUGUUGUGGCUUCUUCAGCAGCUCAGAGUGGCCUGAGUCAGGACAAUUUAUUCUCUUCUACAGCAUAUGAUCAUCCUCUGUACCCUCCUGUGCAGCUCAGAGCCCUCUACACCAGGACAACUGACCUUCUGCAUCCCUUUUCUCUGGUUUGUACAUUCUUGAUCAAACAGACUCUAAAACCCCAGAGGAUUAAAGCCCCUCUGUGUAACAUUUAAUCACAUUAGAACAGGGUUAAAGCCCCACUGCGGAACAUUUUAUCACAUUAAAACAGGGUUAAAGCCCCACUGCAGAACAUUUCAACACAUUCAAACAGGGUUAAAGCCCCACUGCGGAACAUUUCAUCACAUUAAAACAGGGUUAAAGCCCCACUGCGGAACAUUUCAUCACAUUUUCACAGGGUUAAAGCCCCACUGCGGAACAUUUCAUCACAUUUUCACAGGGUUAAAGCCCCACUGAGGAACAUUUCAUCACAUUAUCACAUUUAUCAAGUUAAAAUUUAGCAAAAUGUAGGAGCUUUAAGGUUUGUGUCCCAUAACAUUUUACUGCCAACAAGACCUUGUAUUAAUUAUGUUGUCCUCUUUUAGUUUAGACUUAUUUUAGACCUGGUUUAGACUUGGUUCAGUCCUGGUUUACAUCUGGUCUAGUGCUGGUUUAGACCUGGUUUAGACCUGGGUCAGUCCUGGUUCAAUCCUGGUUUACAUCUGGUCUAGUGAUGGUUUAGACCUGGUUUAUUCUUGGUCCAUCUUUGGUGUAAAUACUGACCCACAGUUGUGCUUUAUUUGAAUGGGGUUAUUGUAAUAUUGCUCACAGUCUUUGAUGAUUGACUUGACAGACACAGGUUAAACAGAUAAUCGUGAAUAAAAUGCUGUAAAUCUUUUAUGUGUAAAAAUGUGCCUAAAUUAAAAUGGUUAUUUUUGUGAUUUCUGUUAAAAGA